AUGUCCAAUUUAAAUAGUAUACAAUUAUUAAUCAAGUGCGAUAUAAAAAAUAUGAGUACUUGUGUUGAUGAAAAAUCUAGAACUUAUUUUGCUAAGAUGGCGCCCUCUAGUAGUUGAAUUGUCAACUAUACGCGUGUCGUCCAUGUUCCGAAUGUGGUGUGACUUAUUUUUGUUUUGUGUUAAUUUUCAAUAUAAUAUUAUAAAUGUGAAAUGCAUAAGCAUGUGUCAUCCCAUAUAGUGGAACCUUGCUCCGGCUGAAUGGAUCCCGCCGUCGCGUGGUAUCAGCCCGAGCAGGAAGGACCCGCGAAGCGACUGUGGCUUCGUAUCUGGGAAACUCAAAGUGAAAUAGACAAAAUGAACUUGAAAAACUUAGAGAACGCUAACCCCAAUGUGAACAAAGCUCAAGACUUUAUACCAAUAAACGAUGUGAACGGUGAAAGUAGAAAUAACAAUUAUUUUAACCCUGCGCGGAGGAAAGUGAACGAUAACCGCGCUUCGACUUUUAACCUGAACAAAAACCACGAUGCCCUCAUAGGCGAGUAUGGGGGCUGCCCGUGGCGGAUACCCAACUAUAUCUACAAGCCGGGAGUGCUGGGGUUGCACGAGGAGAUCGAGCACUUCUACAUGUACAUGUCGCCGACGGAGACGGAGCACAUGGUGCGCACGACGGUGGUGACGCGCAUCCGCGGCGCGAUCCUGGCGCUGUGGCCGCAGGCGCGCGUCGAGGUGUUCGGCUCCUUCCGCACCGGCCUCUACCUGCCCACCAGCGACAUCGAUCUCGUUGUUAUUGGUCAAUGGGAGAAGUUGCCCCUGUGGACGCUGGAGCGCGAGCUGGUGGUACAAGAUAUCGCGGAGAAGGAGAGCAUCAAGGUGCUGGAGAAGGCGACCGUGCCGAUCGUCAAGAUGACCGACAAGUACUCGGACGUUAAGGUGGACAUAUCGUUCAACAUGAGCAGCGGCGUCAAGAGUGCGGAACUGAUCAAGCAUUUCAAGGAAAAAUACCCAGUACUAUCCCGCCUCGUGAUGGUGCUAAAGCAGUUCCUACUCCAACGGGACCUAAACGAGGUGUUCACGGGCGGCAUCUCGUCGUACUCCCUGAUCCUGAUGUGCAUCAGCUUCCUGCAGCUUCACCCGCGGCCGGAGCGCAUGCGCCAACAGCACAACCUCGGCGUGCUGCUCAUAGAGUUCUUCGAGCUGUACGGACGCAAGUUCAAUUAUGUGAAGACCGCGAUCAGGGUCAAGAACGGCGGCUCGUACGUGUCCAAGGAUGAGAUACAGAAGGAGAUGAACGACGGCCACCGUCCCUCGCUGCUGUGUAUAGAGGACCCGCUGACGCCCGGCAACGACAUCGGCCGCUCGUCUUACGGCGCGCUGCAGGUCAAGCAGGCCUUCGACUACGGGUAUAUAAUCCUGCAGCAGGCGGCCGGGGUGGGCGGCGGCGGCGGCGCGGCGCACUCCAUGCUGGGGCGCGUGGUGCGCGUCACCGACCACGUGCUGCAGUACCGGCGCUGGGUGCGCGACACAUUCGAGCCCUACUUCUUCCCGCACCGACACCCGAGAGAUCUGCGGGAUUUGAGAGAACUGAGAGAUUUACGAGAUCUGAGAGAUUUGCGGGAUUUGAGAGAUUUGCGAGAUCUACGCGCGCUCGAUAGCCCCUCACCAUCACCGGAUCCCUCCGAUAGUGAACAGGAGUGGUCAGACAGUGGGUCCCGCGUGGCGAACAGUCCCCCGGUCGGCGGUGGCGGCGGUGGUGCGGUGGGUGUGGUGGGGAUGGCGGGCGCGCGGCCCACGUCGCCGCCGCCGCUGUCGGCGCUGCAGUGCUCGUCGCCCACGCCGCGCCGCGUCUCCGCGCACCAAAACGCCAUCAUACACCACAUCACCAGCAACUCGGACUUCAACAACAUACCUUCCGGUGUAAUCCAGCGGUACGGUGGUGUGGGCGGUGUGGGUGGUGUCGGUGGCGCGGGCGCAGUGGGCGCGGGUGCGGGCGCGGCGGAGAGCGGCGGGCGCGCUCGCGCGGCGGGCGGCGGGCGCGCGGCGCUCUCCCUCCCCACCGCCGCGCCGCGCGCGCGCCGCCGCCGCCACUACGCGCACCACCCGCAGCGAUGA